UGGAUAAUAUCAACGAAUAGAAAGAAGGUCAGAGGUCGCAUUGGGAUGCUUCUACGCGUACAAAUACAUAAAUAGGAAGAUUUUCAAGUUUUCAUUAACAGUUUCUCAUUAAAAUUCGUCGAGAGAAUAUUCAUUCUACUUUAAUAAAUUUUAAGAAAUCUCAAACAUGAAAACAAAGACCCACUGGAACGUAAAUUCAUCCAAAAUCGCCGAAAAAACUUGCAAUCCUAUUCGAUCACUCUUCGAAGUUUUAAAAUUGGAGCCAAAUCCUGAAAAACAAAUGAUAGCAUUGUCUUUAGGUGAUCCGACUGUUUUUGGAAAUUUAAAUCCCAGCGAUGAAGCCAUAGAAGCGAUUAUAGAAAGCGUAAAUUCAAUGAAGUUUAAUGGAUAUGCACCGAGUACAGGUAAUUUUGAAAAUGAAAUUUUUAUAUCAUUAAAUGCAUAAAAAUUUAAAUUUCAGGAUGUUAUUUUAACGAGUGGGUGCUCUCAAGCGCUCGAUCUCUGCAUCACUGUGAUUGCUAAUCCAGGACAGAAUAUUUUGGUUCCAAGACCAGGAUUUCCUCUAUAUCGCACUUUAGCGGAAGGUUUAGGAAUAGAAACGAAACAUUAUAACCUACUCCCCGAACGAGGAUGGGAGAUCGAUUUAGAUGAUUUGGAAUCGCAAAUCGAUAGUCAAACUGUCGCCAUUAUCAUUAACAAUCCUUCGAAUCCUUGUGGUUCUGUUUUCUCAAGAUUUCAUCUUCAGGAAAUUUUGAAAGUGGCGGAAAGAAAUUUUAUUCCGAUAAUUGCUGAUGAAAUAUACGAUUACUUUGUAUUUCCUGGAUUCGAAUUUAUUCCUAUCGCCAGUUUAUCUACUAACGUCCCGAUAUUAACGUGCGGUGGAUUAACAAAAAGACACUUAGUUCCGGGAUGGAGAAUGGGUUGGAUUCUCAUUCACGAUCGAAAUGAUGUAUUUGAAGCUUCUAUAAGAAAUGGUUUAUUAUCCUUGAGUCAAAGAAUAAUCGGUAGCAACACCAUCGUUCAAGGGGCACUUCCUGCUAUCCUCAAAAAUACACCUCAAUCAUUCUAUGAUGAAACCAUCGAAAUAGUUAAUAGCAAUGCCAAAUUUGCCCAUUCUUAUUUAUCCAAAAUACCAGGAUUACAUCCCAUAACACCUGCUGGCGCUAUGUAUAUGAUGGUUUACAUUGAGAUGAGUUGCUUUCCCGAUAUAAAGCACGACACACAUUUUAUGGAAGCCUUAAUUUCAGAACAAUCGGUUUCGUGUUUACCUGGAUCGUGCUUUGAUUUCCCAGGUUAUAUUCGCAUUGUAUUGACAUUACCAGAAGAACAAUUGAAGGAGGCUUGCGAAAGAAUAGAGCAAUUUUGUUACAAUCAUUACGCCGUUCCCAAGACGAACGAUCGCCCGACAGAUCUGUUUUUGCAACAGAUGAUCACUAUGCCGGUAUGAUGAAGAUUCAUCAUCAUCUUGCAUAUGUUAAUCAAGAAUUAUUAUAGAUUCGAGAGAGUUGUAAUCCUUACCAUAUUAUGGUUCACUGUUCCUCCUAUCCGAGGUUUUGCAAGAAGAUGAAUGACGAAGGAGGCUAUUAUAAGUACGAAAUAUGUUAAAUAUGUUAUACGAAAAACUAAAAAUUGACAAAAUAUUUAUCCUGGAAACUAAGAAUGAUGUCUUGAAGUGGAACAAAAUUGUAAAUAAUUGUUUUUAUUAGUUGUAAAUAUGUUGAAAAGUUGUAAAUAUUUAUGAAUUGUGAUGCCAUUUCGAACAGAAUAUUUUUGUUUUGUAUACACAAUAAAUGAAAUGCGUCGAAAAUAAUGUCAACAGAAUAUAAACUGCACAAUAAUUCUUUUGUUACACCGAAAUUUGUAUCUUGGAAAGACAUCAAUAAAAUAAUAAUUUUGCCAGGA